AUGGAGCUCACAUUCGAGCCGUUGAAGAAUGAUCUGCUGCUCCGCGCAGCUCGGGGCGAAGUCGUCGAACGACCACCCAUGUGGGUGAUGCGCCAGGCCGGUCGCUACCUUCCUGAGUACCACGAGGCCAAGGGCGGACGCGACUUCUUCGAGUGCUGCCGCGACCCCGAGGUGGCGUCUACGCUGACUCUCCAGCCGGUGGAGCGGUUCGCCGGCCUCCUGGACGCGGCCAUCAUCUUCUCCGACAUCCUCGUGAUCCCACAGGCCCUAGGAAUGACUGUGGAGAUGGUGGACAAGAAGGGGCCUCAUUUCCCUGACCCGCUCAGGUCCCCGGACGACGGGCAGUAUGCGCGCGUCUUAGAUCGGCCCGUCGACGUCUCGGCCGAGCUGGGCUACGUCUACAGCGCCAUCACCCUGACGCGCACCAAGCUGGCCGGCCGGGUACCCCUCAUCGGAUUCUGCGGUGCCCCUUGGACCCUGUUCUGCUACAUGGUCGAGGGCGGCGGCACCAAGCUUUUCGCCCAGAGUAAGACGUGGAUCUACAGGUAUCCUGACGAGACCAAGAGGCUCCUACAGAAGAUUGCCGACGUCUGCGUUGACCAUCUGGCCCAGCAGGUCAGAGCCGGUGCUCAGCUCGUCAUGGUCUUUGAAUCGUGGGCAGGAGAACUCGGCCCUGCUGCCUUCAAGGAAUUCUCGGAGCCUUAUCUGGCCUACAUCGCCCAGAAGCUCCCUAUCAAGCUGAACGCUAUGGGAAUCGACCGUGUCCCCAUGACCGUCUUCCCCAAGGGCGCCUGGCAUGCCCUUGACUCGGCCUGCGACCUCGGGUACGACGUCGUCGGCAUGGACUGGCUUCAGGACCCCGCAGAAGCCGUCAAGAUUCGCGGAGACCGCAACGUCGUCUUCCAGGGCAAUGCCGACCCUGGUGUCCUGUACGGCACGCGCGAGGCUAUCACCAAGGCUGUCGAGACCAUGGUCCAGGGUUUCUGGGUGGGCAAUAAGGGUUGGAUUGCCAAUCUUGGGCACGGUAUCACUCCCGGCGUCAACCCCGACAACCUGAAGCACUUUUUCGAGGAAAUUCACCGUCUCACCAGCAAGGCUUGA